AUGGACGAGGAAGCACGUUUGUUUGGUUUCAUCAACAAGCAGUGCCGGGUGAUUGACUCCAAAGGUCUCGGUGGAUGUACCAACACUAACAACCAAUUCUACAACAGAGGAAAUCGUUACGAUUACGACCGUUGGGUGGCGUACUCGGAAAGCGAAGAAUGGGAUUUGGAUGCAUUGCUUCCGUUUUUCACGGUUUCCGAAAAUGCCAGUCUUACCGAAUUCGAGGAUCCGUUUUUCCACGGGCGUGAAGGACCUUUGAGAGUGCAAAACCUUCCAUACAAAUCGCUGGUUCAUGGAAUAUUGAUGCAAAGUGCAUCGCAGGCCAAAAUCGCUAGUGUCGAUUACAACGGACAUAGUCAGUUCGGAUUCUCACCGGCCCAGGUCAUGUCUGUCGAUGGACAACGAUCCUCGGCAUAUCACGCGUUUGUAGAGCCUGUUAUUCAAAGUCGACCCAACCUGAAACUUCUCACGAAUGCGUAUGUUCGUAAGUUACUGUUUGAACCAGAAAGUAACAUCGUUUCUGGAGUGGAAUUUUCAUUUGGCGAUCAAGUAUUCAAUGCAUAUGCUCAAAAAGAAGUUAUCCUUUCGGCGGGCUCAAGAGGGUCUCCCAAGGUCCUUCUUUUGUCGGGAAUUGGACCCCAAGAUGAUUUGAGUGAAGUGGGCAUACCUGUGCUCAAAGAUCUUCCUGUUGGAAAGUCGUUAAUGGAUAAGGUAGCAUUCAAUGCUUUUUCAAUGCGGUUGGACAAGUCUUCGUUUCCUGCUGAAUAUGUAGGUGGUUUGAGCGCAGAUGAUGUCAAUCAGCUCAGCGAAGGUGGUGGAAGACUUACCCUACCAUACAAUAUGGAAUCAGUCUGGUUCCUCAGCACUAGAACCGAUCGUCAACCUGAUUAUCCCAACAUAGCAAUACUACCCGAAGCAGGAUCUUCUAGACAAUAUUUCUUAGAUCCAGAUAUGCAAAAAAUAGUGAAUGUGGAACCAGGUUCCGUUUCAAUCCCUCCAGAUGAUAACGCUUUCUAUGUAAAUUUGUAUACAUCUUUAUUGCAUCCCAAAUCAAGGGGUUACAUGAAGCUGUUAUCAUCGGAUCCAAACGAAAGUAUCCUGGUAGAGCCUAAGUAUUUGUCAGAGGAAGAGGAUGUCGAAAAUUUACUGAAAGGUAUUCGAAUUGCAUCCAAGCUUUUGAAUAUGCCUGCCCUGCAGGAACGCGGAGCUGCACUGGUACAGAUCUAUCCAGCGAAUUGUCCACAAUCCUUGGAAUUCGAUAGUGAUGACUAUUGGCGAUGUGUGAUCCGCUCAUUAGCAAUGACUGCACGAACAAUUAGUGCAACCUGUCCAAUGGGACAGAGCUCCAAUCCCGAGGCGGUUGUCGACAACUCAUUCCAAGUGCAUGGCAUUGACAAGCUACGGGUUGUAGAUUCCAGCGUCAUUCCCGUUUCUAUGUCAGCUUCUAACUAUGCCAUUAUGUACAUGUUGGGCGAGAAAGCAUCCGCAGCUGUGCAAGCCAAAUAUGUCCCUGGCAAAAAGAAGAAAUUUAUUUGA